UUUGGGAGGAGGAACACACAUUUUAUGUGUGAAGUAGUGCACAUUUUAUCCAUUCAAGACUGGACUGGCAACAUAGAGAUCAGGCUCCUCACUUGGAUUAACAGAUGAUGGAAAGCUCAAAUCAAGUGCAAAACAGAGUGAUGUCUGAAAAGGACUGGAUAGACAUGUGGGAAAAAAAGAAAAUUGGAUUUCAUGAAGCGGAUGUUCAUAAAUUGCUUAUUGAGUUUCUAGAUGACAUGGUGAAUAACAGAAAACAAAUUAAGAUUUUUUUCCCUCUUUGUGGAAAAGCAGUGGACAUGAAUUGGUUAGCUAAAAUGGGACAUACAAUUGUUGGAGUUGAUGUCUGUGAAGUGGGAUUAAAGGAAUUUUUUGAAGAGAGUAAUAUUCCUUACGUUGAAGAAGCAGUUCCCGGGAUUUCUGGAGCAAAAGUGUUUAAGAGCGUGUCUGGAAAUAUUUCAUUGUAUUGCUGCAAUUUAUUUGAUCUAAAUGAAUCAAUUGUGGGCAAGUUUGAUGGCAUCUGGGAUCGAGGUAGCAUGGUAGCCAUGAAUCCGAUUGAUAGAGAACGUUAUGCCAAUGCGAUGAUUUCAUUAAUGGAUAAAGAUUGUCGUUACCUUCUGAUUACUCUUGAAUAUAAUCCAAAAUUGCAUACGGGCCCACCAUUUUAUGUUCCAGAUGCAGAGUUAGAGAAAUUGCUUGGUUCAUUUUGCAAUUUUAAGUGUUUGAAGACAAUUGAUGCACUUACCGAGGUUGAGAGAAAGUGGGGACUUGAUUUCUUCAACGAGAACUUGGUCUUAGUUACCUUAAAACAGUGACCAACACUCUACCAAAGAAGCAAAAUCUCAUCAGAAUCAAGACCAUUUUCUAGAUUUACAGCAUGUCUGUUUAACAUCCUGCAUUACAAUUCUUUUCAACUUCUACCUCUCUUCCUUACAAAUCUACCUAUCUUACAAUUCUAUCUCUCUUCCUCAGUAUAGAAUAAUGCAAUUCCCUGUAACUGUUCAAAACAAUUUCAUUGUUGUCUUUUAUCUUAAAGUUAUCUAAUCCAUUAUUAUCUUUCAAAUUAUCACCUCCCAUUAAAUUAUUUAAUAAUAUUGUAUAAGAGUAUUAGUUAAAUUAAUAAAGUUUGACAAUUUUAGUUUC